UUCCCCCUUUAAACGAGCCAAAAGGCUAGUUAGCAUCAGAGAUUGUUUGGAUUUCCAAUGGCAACCUCUACCUUCACUUGUUUUUCACUACUACUCUCCCUUCUUUUCCUAGCCACCACCUUCUCUAUAGCCACCUCAGCUCGAACACUCACUGAAGAACCAGAAGCCGCGGUCCCUGUGGUUGCACCUGAGCCACACGACGAGAAUGUGACUCCCUUAGGCGCCAUCCCACCUAAUCCAGCUUCCGGUGCUGGUGCGGUACCUGUUGAAGGUCCUGAUCACACUCUUACCUUCUUCAUGCACGAUAUUUUGGGUGGGUCUAACCCCUCAGCUAAAGCAGUCACUGGAGCCGUGACUAACCCGGCUGUUAAUGGUCAGGUCGCGUUUGCUAAACCAAACGGUGCCAACUUACCAGUGAACAACGGCGUUCCACAAGGUGAUGGCAACAGCGGAAUCCUUAACAACAACAAUCUCCCAUUCUUAACCGGCCUAGGUGGAACCACUUCAAAUGUUUUCCAAAGCAACAACAAUAACAACAACAACAACAAUAACAACUUGUUUGCAGCCAUUAACGGUGGACAGUUACCUCAAGGAAACGCAUUACAACAGUUUAUGUUCGGUACAUUGACAGUGAUAGAUGAUGAGUUGACCGAAGGGCAUGAGCUUGGAUCAGGAUUGAUAGGAAAGGCACAAGGGUUCUAUGUAUCCAGCUCAAUAGAUGGAAAGAGUCAAACAAUGGCAUUUACUGUGAUGUUUAUGCACGGGAGUUACAUCGAUAGUUUGAGCUUUAUGGGUGUUCACAGGAGCGCGGUGGCUGAGUCACAGUUGGCCGUGAUGGGUGGCACUGGGAAGUAUGUGAAUGCUAAGGGACAUGCUGUGGUGAAAACAUUCCAGGGUACAGACCAGCAAAACAAUGAUGGUACCGAGACAUUACUUCAUUUCACAGUGUAUCUUGCUUAUUAGUUUGUUUAUGAUUAAUUUGUGUGUGUUAUUUGGUUUGUAAUUCUCUUUUAUCUAUCUUUGUUUUAAUGUUAUGUGAUUUUUAUGAGAAAUUGUGUGUAAAAAAUAGCAGUAUUCUAAAAGGAAUGAUAUGUUUUUUAACCAA